UAAGAGGUGGCCCGGUCGCCCUAGCAACCGAGCCGCGUUCUGUCUCAUCCUGGGUUCCCUCAAGGCCACAAAGCUGGCGAGCCAGGGGGCAUCGCAGAGUCGCUACAGUCUGUCCUUCACUUCUCCAUCCACAUCUUCAGAAGUAUAUAAGAUAAGGUUUAUAUUUCCCAACGGAGACAAGUAUGAUGGUGACUGCACAAGAACGUCAUCUGGAGUCUAUGAGAGAAAUGGAACAGGUAUUCACACCACUCCUGAUGGGACUGUCUACACAGGAAGCUGGAAAGAUGACAAGAUGAAUGGCUUUGGAAGACUUGAGCAUUUUUCGGGAGCAGUGUACGAAGGACAGUUUAAGGAUAAUAAGUUUCAUGGAUUGGGGACUUACACAUUCCCAACUGGGGCAAAGUACACUGGAAAUUUCAAUGAAAAUAGGGUGGAAGGUGAAGGCGAAUACACUGACAUCCAAGGACUACAAUGGAGUGGCACCUUCCAUUUCACAGCUGCUCCAGGCCUGCGACUAAAGCUCUACAUGUAGACAGUCUGCAUUAAGAUUUAGAUGCAGCAAUUGAAUCUUGUACCUGUAAGCAACUACAUCUGUCAUCUGAAGUCACCUCCCACACAGCCUCUGUGUUUGCCAAUAAAACUAUCAGUCACUUGU